AUGGCAAUAUGCUAUCGCAUCGGGAUCACCCUACUGAACAUAUUCUGUCCACCCUUCGCGGUCGCGAUGCUGACCGGCCUGAAUUACGACUGUAUGCUGAACUGCAUCUUUUUCCUGCUUGCGGUAAUUCCAUCUCACGUACACGGCUUCUACGUCAGCUGUGUGUAUUUCCAUCGAAGGAAGAAGGUU